AUGUCUGACCAUGACGUUCAUCAAAAAGAAUACAACAAAUUACGAAGUACUUACAAAUACUAUAUCAAUUCAUAUCUUGCAUUGUAUCAGCUAAAAACGGAAAACGAAGAAGAAUUAAAGUCAAUUUACAAAAUGAUCAAAACAGAACUGAUCGAUUCAAAGAAAUAUCCUCCCCAAAUAAUUAUGCGAGACAUUUUAGAUAUCAUUCUGUAUAAUAAUCGCUAUACAAAGUCAUAUUUAUUUCUUGCCAAACUCAUAUCUGAUGAUUACCAUGUUACAGAGGUCAACAGAGUUUCAACUAUUCCAAACUUCUUGUUUUAUAAAGAAUAUGGAAUUAAAUUAGACAAAUCUGCCGAUUUUGAAAAAAUUAACUCAGAAAAUCUUGAAGUUCUUACAGGAGAUACAAUUUACAGAACAAUUGUGUAUAAUGACCUUGAAAGAUUCAUAUACUUCACUGAAAGAGAUGAAUUUGAUGAAAAUCAAAAACUUGAAAGCAGUUUAUAUCCAUAUUCUAAAGAAGGAUAUACAUUACUUGAAUUAUGUUGUUACCAUGGAGCAGUUGAUUGUUUCAAGUUAUUAAGGACGAAAUUCAGCUCAGAAAUAACUCGAAAAUGUUUACAAUUUUCAUUUUUGGGAGGAAUUCAAGAGAUUAUGAGUGAAUGUUUGAAAUAUCAAACCCAGAAGAAGAAUGCAUGGAAUAUGCAAUUAUUUCACACAACAUUGAUUUUGUUACAUUCUUGA